CGAGCGCCUCACAACUCGGACGCGCGGGGUUUGUCGCAUGCACGUGCAUAAGAGGCAAAGAGGAAGUGCGCGGGAAGGCGCGUGUACGCUAGUUCUCUCACACACACGCAAAGGUGCAAGUGCAGCUGCUGUCAAAUCAUUCGAGCCGCAGGAUCAGAAGAGAAGAGACGGUCUUCGAGACGGACAGAGAGGACACGUGAAGCAAAAUUGGAUGACAUGAAGGCGGACGAGUUGAAAGAAGAAGUGGCCAAGAUCCUCAACCAGGCUCCCGAGUCCAGGAAGCUUCUUGUGGAAAACUACAACAACUUAAUUCAGGUGGCAGACUACUGCUGCCAGAACUACAUCCAGUCCGGGGAUGACACGUCCAAAGCAUUGGAGGAGACCAAGUCACUGACUGCCCAAUCGCUGGCCAGCAUCGCCUACCAGAUUAACACGCUAGCUACCAGCGUGCUAAAUCUACUGGAUGCGCAGAGCCAGCAGCUUGGCCACAUGGAGUCGGCCAUCAACCUCAUCGGGCAGACGGUGAAGAUGCACCGGGAGAAAGUUUCCCGUCGAGAAAUCGGAAUCUUCACGGCAGCGCGACGGCUCCCCCGCGGGCCCAAGAUCUCCGCCCCAGCCAUGCCUCCGGAGCCGUGCCCACCUUACAGCCGUCGGCCAAUCAGCUACCAGCAGUUGGACGGCUUGGGUCACGGCGUCAAGCUGACUGGGAAAGCGGGCGAGGGAGGCGGAACCAUCCGGAAGCCGGGCUCAUCCAUCAGGUCCAGCAAAGCUGCAGCAGAAGGCCUCAAGUGUGCAGUGGCGCACUCUGGUGGCAGCUCCACGUUUGGGAAAGCUGUGGCUCCGCCCACAGUCCCUUCCUUACCUGAAAGUGAUGUCAUCACAACGCUACUUGGGAAUGCCACGCCCCCUCUACAAGAUUUGUCGGAGAUUUCUGUGGCUGCGCCAGAUCCGAUCGACUCUGCCGAAACGAUGGCUCCGCCCCCUCCGCCCGAUUCCUCUGAGAUGCCUGUGGCUCCGCCCCUUCCGUUGGAUUCUGCAAUGCCUCUGACUCCGCCCCCUCCACCUCUUCCUCCAUCAGUGACACCGCCCACCACGAUUGUCCUUCCGCUAACUCCACCCCCAUGUUUAGAAACAGUGCUGGAGGAGAGCAGCCUCCCCCCGCCGUCUCCCCCACCCCCAGAUUACGACCACGCCUUUCCUCUGCCGUUCACUGAAGAGCCAGAGCUUCCGGCCCCUCCCUCACCAACCCAGGAAUUAGACGGCGGAGAGGCAGCGCGCUCACCCCCCACCCGCUCCGUGUCGCUGAGGGUCCGCUCGGGCCCCGCCUCCCGCCGCCACAGCCGCUGCCUCUUCCCGCCUGCCCGCCUUGCUACCCGUCUGCCGAUGCUCAUUCCCCCGCCUCCCUCCUAUCCGGCCCCCCCUCAGCCUUCAUCCUCUUCCUGCGCCGGGCUGGGCCUGCCUGCUCGUCUGGAGCAUCUGGAUCUGGAGAUCCCAGCCCUUCCACCGCCGCCGCCGUUGGAUGACGACACGGCAGUUGAGGAGCUCGGUGGUGCCCCUCCGCAUUACCUGGAGAAAGUGAUGGCGCUGUACCGCUACGAGGCGACCGAGCCCAGCGAACUGUCCAUGGAGGAGGGCGAUGUCAUCUACGUGACUGGUCGCCAUGACGACGGCUGGUAUGAGGGCAUCCUGCGCGACCGGCAGGGAUUCUUUCCCGAAAAUUAUGUCCGAUCCUGUGGCCGGGCUCAAGCUCCGCCCCUGUGACCUCAUCACCCCCCCAAGUGGAAAUAGACUCCGCCUUGACCAUCCGCCAUUUUCAACGCCCCCCCAAACUACUCCCAAGUCAACUUGAGAACAUGCACCAGUUUGAUGCCUGCCUGUGAGUCACACUCCAAUGUGGGAAAGGGUUUGACACAGACCAUACAUGAGCACAUCCUUCGCUUCUCCCGCUGUCACUGGCGUUUGGGAUCGAGCCCAUGACAGAAGUCUCCCAGUCAUUGACUUCAUCCCAAAAAGGAACUGAAUUCAAGUAGAAAUGCCACAAGAUGGCGGCAAAGGACUACAUGAAUGUGCUAGUCUACUCUACACGCUCGUGUUCAAAUGUCGGCUCUGGAUGAAAAA